CCACCCACUCCACCCCUCAAAGCCUUACACAUCCACUUCCUUCCCCAUUUCAAGUGAGUAAGCCUUGUGCCUCCUGAUCUCAGCUCAGACAUGCCAUCCUGGGAGACACUACAGAGAUCUCUCCAGCAAGCUUAGGUGUUUGCUCGUGCCCUUGGGCUCUCCCCAGCCGCUCUCCUCACAUGCUCUCCUCUCUUCUGCCUGCCUGCCUCCUCAACUGGAAAAGACUGGAGGCCUCCUGCAAAGCGAAGGCCAAGGAGCAGGACAAGCGGGCCUUGGUGGAAAGCACACAUCUGGCAGAAACUCCAAGAUGCCUUCCCAGAAGGAACGCACCAAGAGGAGCCUCACACAGAGGCUGGCCCUAAGGAGCCGUGUAGCUAAGGAGACAGUCUCUGAGUUCCUGGGCACCUUUAUAAUGAUCGUCCUGGGGUGUGGCUCUGUUGCCCAAGCAGUCCUCAGCCGAGGUCAUCUUGGUGGAAUAGUCACUAUGAAUAUGGGAUUUGCAACAGCAGUUGUGAUGGCUAUUUAUGUCACUGGCGGUGUCUCUGGAGGCCACAUCAACCCGGCUGUGUCUUUUGCAAUGUGUGUCUUUGGAAGAAUGGAGUGGUUCAAGUUCCCAUUUUAUGUGGGAGCCCAGUUUUUAGGAGCCUUUGUGGGGGCUGCAACUGUCUUUGGCAUUUACCAUGAUGGACUCAUGGCCUUUGCUGAUGGAAAAUUGCUCGUCGCGGGAGAAAAUGCAACAGCGUUUAUUUUUGCAACAUACCCAGCUUCAUUCAUAUCCCUGCCAAAUGCCUUUAUAGACCAAGUGCUGUCUACCAUGUUCCUCCUUCUGAUUGUCUUUGCCAUUUUUGACUCCAGAAACAUGGGGGUCCCCAGAGGUCUAGAGCCCCUUGUCAUUGGCCUCCUGAUCAUUAGCCUUUCUUGUUCUCUGAGCCUCAACACUGGCUGUGCCAUGAACCCAGCUCGAGACCUGAGCCCCAGGCUCUUCACUGCUCUGGCAGGAUGGGGAUUUGAGGUGUUCACAGCUGGCAACAACUUCUGGUGGAUUCCUGUUGUGGGCCCGAUGGUGGGCGCUUUCUUCGGAGGCCUCUUCUACAUUCUUCUUAUCCAGCUUCAUCACUCAGACCCCGACUCAGAAGUGAAGGCAGAGCCAUCUGGGAGCAAGCUAGAGAAAUAUGAACUCAGCGACAGCAUGUAGUGGUGUGACCGGGUCUAGAUUUACUAUUUAUUUGGUUCUCACUUCAGAAAAGAUGGCAUCCAUGUGGUAUGCUUUGGUGAGAAUUGAGGGUGGGGUGGGGGAAAUCGACCCACUUUUCUCUAGCCAUUUGGGACAAACCAUUGCAGAGGCAGUAAUAAAAAACUCCACAAGUCACCCCUCCCCAGAUUAUCACUGGCAGUCCCCCUGGGGCACCUUUCUCUACAGCCUGGUUCAUUGCAUCGUUGAUAGAAGGCCUUAGUAAUUGCUAAGAAUUUAGAAACUUGACCAUGGACUUGGUAGGAUGGCCUCAGAGACCUUUACUGCCCUGUGUGAAAUAGUGUCACCAAAGGCUCUGCCUUUACAAUCUACAAACUCAGCAUUCCGAAACAGUGACUGCGCUCAACACCUAUGAAAUGGGAAGGAAAGAGUUAACACUCCACCAAGCUGAGCACUGUGUCCACAUAGAUGCUGAUAUUCUCCCAACCUAGGGCUAUAGAAGACAGCUGGGAAGAACUCUGACAUUUAAAAACCUCAGGAUACAAAAUAAAUUUGGGAAACUGAA